ACCUGCGACCUUAGAAAGGGUGCUGAGACUGCAAACCAGGAAGUGUCAGAAGCACUUUAAACUAUAGCAGGACUGUCUUUUAUAAGAAAAAGUAUCUUAUAACAAAAUUUGAAAACCGAAACAAUGAUUUUAUUUAGCUGUCAUCGCAUAGUCUGAACUCUGCUGCAGAUAACUUGCAGCGUACUUAGUAUACAAAGCUCUCAGGGCCAGAAAUUGAUCUUCUGACUUUUGAACCUUAUCUGAUUGCUGCUUGGUUCAUCUUUAUUUUGUUAAAGUACCCUGUCGGUUGCAACAAGGAGACAUUACGUGGGUUCACAGAGCUUGACCAGACAGAAAUUCUGGCAGCUGCUCCAGCAGGACGAUGGCACUGAGCGUGGCAUAAGUGCUAAAGAAAUGGAAAACUUGCCCCUGCCCACUGAGGAUGCUGUGCAGCCAAGAAGUCCAGGAAGAAGCAAUUUGGAUGACUCUGGAGAGAGAGAUGAAAGAUUAUCCAAGUCCAUCAGUUUUACCUGUGAAUCAAUUAGUCGGGCUUCUGAAACAGAGUCAAUGGAUGAAAACUCACCCAAAGAGGUAUUAGGGAAAGAGGAACCCCAAGGUGAGAAACAAAUCAAAAAGGGCUCUUUGUUAACUUCAGAAAUGAGGUUAAAUAGAAUGCCAUCGAAAUCACUGGACUGGAAUAAGAAUGAAUACCUUUCUCUGGACAAAAGCAGUACUUCAGAUUCUGUUGAUGAAGAAAAUAUUCCUGAGAAAGAUCUUCAUGGAAGACUUUAUAUCAACCGUAUUUUUCACAUCAGUGCUGAGAGAAUGUUUGAGUUGCUCUUUACCAGUUCACAUUUUAUGCAGAAAUUUGUCAAUUCUAGAAAUAUAAUAGAUGUAGUAUCUACUCCUUGGAAUGGAAAGCCUGGAAGUGAUCAACUGAGAACCAUAACCUACACUAUAGUUCUUAAUAAUCCACUUACUGGAAAAUGCACAACUGCCACUGAAAAGCAGAUACUGUAUAAAGAAAGCCGGGAAGCACAAUUUUAUUUGGUAGAUACAGAAGUACUAACACAUGAUGUGCCCUACCAUGAUUACUUCUAUACCCUGAAUAGAUACUAUAUCAUCCGAUCUUCAAAACAGAAAUGCCGGCUGAGGGUUUCCACAGAUCUGAAAUACAAAAAGCAACCAUGGGCCUUUGCCAAAUCUUUAAUUGAGAAGAAUUCCUGGAGUUCACUGGCAGACUAUUUCAAACAGCUUGAAUCAGAUUUGUUAGUGGAAGAAUCUAUGUUAAGUCAGCCCAUUGAAGACCCUGGAAAACUCAGUGGCCUACGAAGGAGGAGGAGAACAUUCAACCGAACAGCAGAAACUAUUCCUAAACUUUCUUCUCAGCAUUCUUCUGGAGAUAAGGGCUUAGAUACCAAAGGGGAUAUUACAGGAAAGAAAAAAGAAAUGGGAAGUUAUAGCACUGCUCUUAUUGUGGUGAUAAGUAUUUUUUUGCUGUUGCUAGUUCUGAUGAAUGUGACACUGUUUCUAAAGCUUUCAAAGAUAGAAUAUGCUGCUCAGUCCUUGUACCGCCUCCACCUCCAAGAAGAGAAAUUAAAUUUGGCUUCCGCUAUGCUGUCAAGAGCAGAUAACAUUCAAAAUAAUAAAGACCAGGCCCAUCAUUUAAAAGGAAUGCUACAAGACUCCAUUGUGAUGCUUGAACAGUUGAAGACCUCACUCAUCAUGCUUCAGAGAACCUUUGAUUUGCUCAAUAAGAGUAAGACGGGCAUGGCUGUUGAAAGCUUGUGAUCAUGAAAAAAUGAAAUUGUAGAGAUAUUUGGAAUUGAAAAGAAACAUCUAGAAGAAACCAGAGAAUGAAGGAUUUUAAUUGGCACAGUAACAUUUCCAUAUUUUCUCAUUAUAGGUACUUCCAAUAUGAACAUUUAUUUUAAUAACAUUUCUUUUGUAGUCUCCAAUGGCCUUAAGAAUUCAUUUUACUUCAUAUACAUAAUUCUAAGCUGUGAAUUUCUUCAGUGAACCAUGAAAUACAUUGUGAAUUUGAAUUUCUGUGAUACAAAGAGAAAAUGAAACACUCUGAACUGGG